UCCCAUGGAGCGUAGGCGGUUUACCUCACACACCUAAACACGCGUAAACAUACGCACUCACUUCUCCUCAAACACUUAAACCAGUCUCCAAAGGAGGUUUGUUUUUUUUUUUACCCAAAGAGAAUAACAAAAAUCUAAGGACAGGAUGGAUUCUGCACAGCUGCUCCUUCUGGUGUUGUGCGGAUACCUGCCAAAAGUGCUGUCGGUGCAGAUGUGCGACGUGGUGAACGAGAUCCAGCUGGAGAAAGAGCGCUGUGAAAAUAGCACCUCUGGGAACGUCACUUCAGGGUGCCAAGGCAUGUGGGACAUCAUCGCCUGCUGGCCUUCAGCUCGGGUCGGAGAGGUGGUUACAAUAACCUGCCCGCCUUAUUUCAGCUACUUCAGUGACCAUCAGAAAGGUAACCUUUCGAAAACCUGUACAGAAGAUGGCUGGACCGAGAUGCAUCCUAUUGACAUUGCUGUGAGCUGUGGAUACAAUCUCAACAGCACUAGCGAUGAUGGAAAGUUUUUUUGGCAAGUGAAGAUCGGCUACACCAUCGGCCACAGCGUCUCGCUCGUCUCGCUUACUACCGCUAUUGUGAUCCUCUGCAUCUUCAGGAAACUCCACUGCACAAGGAACUACAUCCACAUGCAUCUAUUUGUUUCAUUUAUCCUGAAGGCCAUCGCUGUCUUCAUCAAAGAUGUGGUUCUCUACGAGGUCGGGGAGGUGGACAACUGCUCCUCGGGCUCUGUUGGCUGCAAAGCAGUGAUUGUGUUUUUCCAGUACUGUAUAAUGGCCAGUUUCUUCUGGCUGCUGGUGGAAGGCCUUUAUCUGCAUGCAUUGUUGGCCGUUUCCUUCUUCUCCGAGAGGAAGUACUUCUGGGCUUAUAUUCUGAUCGGCUGGGGCGGUCCAGCAAUUUUCAUCACAGCUUGGAGCAUCUCUAAAGCCAACUAUAAUGAUGUGGGGUGCUGGGAUAUAAUAGAAAACACCGAUGUGUUCUGGUGGAUCAUUAAAACUCCUAUUUUGGCAUCAAUUCUGAUGAACUUUAUUCUUUUCAUCUGCAUCAUUCGGAUACUUCGCCAGAAGAUAAACUGCCCCGAUAUUGGAAGAAACGACUCCAACCAGUACUCGCGACUGGCAAAGUCAACGCUGCUUUUGAUUCCGCUGUUUGGGAUCAAUUAUAUAGUGUUUGCAUUUAUCCCCGAGCAAGUGAAGACUGAGCUGCGGCUGGUUUUUGACUUGAUUCUGGGAUCAUUUCAGGGCUUUGUGGUCGCAGUCCUUUACUGCUUCCUGAACGGAGAGGUCCAAGGAGAGAUCAAGAGGAAGUGGAGGAGGUGGCACCUGCAGAGAUACAUGGGCUCAGACACCAAAUACCAGCACCCGUCUAUUGGCAGCAGCAACAACUUCAACACCCAGAUCACCAUGUUGACACGGUGCAGCCCGAAAACUCGCCGGGCUUCAUUAUCCUGUCACGAUGACUUGUCUAGCAUCUGAGUCACAGUGACACAGACACACAAAAUGCUGUACAAAAUGCUCUCAUGCCAAACAUUAGGCAGAACGUCGCAGCAUAUAUAAGCUUUACCAUAAGUACUCUUGGGUCAUGUGUGUGGUGCAGAAGAUGGAAAGUGAUGAAAGGAUUGGAAAAAGAGAUAUAAGGACACGAUGUGACCAUAAUCAGCUUUGAAGCAGUUUGUAACUGUUCCAAAAAAUACAUUUAAAUGAGAAGGUAAGUUGCACAUUGCUUAACAAACAAAGCGUUUGCGGAGAGAGUCAUUUUUGCGCAGGUCAUCUGUACAGGUGAAUUCAAGUCAUAUCACUACAGCUCUUAUUUUUUAAAUAUCCUGUGUGCUUAGGUGAGUGGGCUGGUGUAACUCUGAGCCUUGUGCACUCCUGCAGCUCCAAAUAGUCAAGUUUUGUGCUAAAGCUUUGGAAGAAAUUGAGGUGAUGUAUUUUUCUAAUAGCAGCAUUACAGGCUAACAAAGGUACUAUACCAGAACUGGACUGUGAGGGUGUGUUUGAGUGCUGAAUGUAAAUAGUGCUGGAAAAUUUGCUUUAAAACAUACUUUAGAGUAUCCAAAAUAAGCAUAAUACUACACUUCCCCCCCUUUGCUGUGUAGGAAGACAGAAAAAAAGACAGGCUUACAGAGCAGGAAACUUUAUUUCCAUAAAUGCCAAACAGAUUAGGCUUCAGGCCAAGUGAUGCUGAUUCACAAUGAUGGGUUUGGAGCACAAAUGCCCUUCUCUGCACUAUCAUGCUCAUGAGAGACCGGUUGCCCUUUGCCUUCUUUUAUCAACACAGCCUUCCCUCUUGGCGUGUGCGAUUCUGAGCCUAUGAUUAGGUAGAUAUUUUUCAUUAUUUAGGGCACUGUGGCGGUUUUGUGUCGAUCACUGACGAGUGCCUGGGUUUGGUGUGUUGAACCGACUUCUGCGGUCUAGUCUUUGCUGGCUGUUGGGCAGUAAAGCAGCUCUGAAGAGGAGAUGUCCAUAUGCAGCUCAUUCCUUGAAUGUUUACAUUUACUUGGGAAGAGUUAUAAAAAUGAUGCACAGUCAAGUGUGCAGUGUAAAUAAACUUGGAAUGCUUGUGCCAUACACAUCACAUUGUGGUUAUAAUAAUAGUAAUGAAUCACUAAGUGUCGUUUUUUUCAAAUUAAAGCAUGACAGGAUUCAGAAUCUUCUGAAUCUCCAUUAUGCAUAAUAUUUUUUGAAUUCUUCAGGUUCAGACUUACUUCUCCAUCGGAGGAGUCUGAACUUGACAAGUCAGCAGAGAAUGUUAGAUCCUGUAUGCAAAGCAAAGUGACAAGGAUGACUGGCCCUGUCACAACGAUGCUGUCUUUGUGCUUUUGACCUCACGUAGGUUUGAAAGUAAGGCUUGUUCAUACUAGAGGGAACAACGGGGGGAUCCAGCUUUACACGGGAGGAAGGAAAUCAUCUCAACCCACCAGUGAUUUAAAGGUUUAGAUCAUCAGUAAGUUUAAGAAUAAUAAAAAAAAUCUAAUGUGGUAAUAUGUGUCAAGGAAAUAUUGAAUAUCAAUAUAUCGCCUUCAGAUUGCUGAAAGUAAUAAUUAUACAUUUAGAGAAAAGGAAAAAGAUUGGAACCACUUUCAUAUUGUGGUCAGAAGUUUACAUACACUCAUCAUGCAGGUGAAUGACAUGCUAAUUUUGCAGCGACUUCUUUCUUGAUCAGCACUUCACUGUGGACAGUGACACUUAAUCCUUGGCGGUUCCUGCCUUGUUCCUGAACAUCUAACCAAUUUGCUCUCAUCUAAGGGUGACAUUUUCAGUCUUCUU